UUCAAAGCUUUAAUUUCUUCAUUCAUGGCGGAAUCAAACGAAAACGUACCUGCUCAAAAAUUGCCGCUCGAAAAUCGGGUAGCUAUCGUUACCGGAUCUUCUCGCGGCAUCGGAAAAGCGAUUGCACUUCAUUUAGCUUCUCUCGGUGCUAAGCUCAUCAUCAACUAUUCCUCCUCAAACUCCACUACUCUAGCCGACGACGUCGUAUCUCAAAUCAAUUCUAAUAAAUCCAUGAAUAAUUCCGCCGUAUCUGCUGUCGCCGUUAAAGCUGAUAUCUCAGAUCCAGACUCAGUGAAAUCCCUAUUUGACGCAGCUGAAUCAGCUUUUCAAUCUCCGGUCAACAUCUUAGUGAACUCCGCCGCCGUGUGUGACGAAAAGCGUCCAACGAUCAUGAAUACAGAUCUCAACGAUUUCGAUUUGACUUUUAGCGUGAAUACUCGUGGAUCCUUUUUAUGCUGUAAGGAAGCUGCGAACAGAAUGAUCAAACGCCGCGGCGGUGGCGGAGGAAGGAUUAUAUGUGUGACGUCAUCUGCGACAGCGUCGUUUCGGGCUGGGAACGGUGCGUACACGGCGUCGAAGGCGGCGGUGGAAGCAAUGGUGAAAAUACUGGCGAAGGAACUAAAAGGAACAGGAAUAACGGCGAAUUGUGUGGCGCCGGGACCGAUAGCGACGGAUAUGUUUUUCAAUGGAGCAACGGAAGAGAAAGUGAAGAAGGUGAUUGAUGAGUGUCCACAUGGAAGACUUGGUCAGUCGGAGGAUGUUGCUCCGAUCGUCGGAUUUUUGGCCGGCGAUGCUUCUGAAUGGGUGAAUGGACAGAUUAUUCGUGUCAAUGGCGGUUACAUCUGAUCAG